AUGUCCCAGAGCGAUGCGCAGACCGCCGAGUGCGUCGCAAGUCAAGUCCACCCGACGAGCCGAACAAGCAGCCGCGCUCCGAGGCUUUCAGGCCACGCGGGCCUUUUGCGCUCAGCUGCGAAGAAACACGGCGAGCGGGCGAUGGCAAUUUUACAAUGCAAACACAUCGCUGCUGGUAUCGGCGUUCCCCUUCCCGAGCCCCAGGCGUCAUCCGUCGUAGAAUCUGACGAUACAGAGCGCAAGCACGGCCGCAAGUCUGCACGGGUCUGUGGCGCCUGGUGCGGCACCGUCUUCACUCUGACGAACAUCGUGGCCGAGCUGGCAGGUGCGACAGCGACGGCAUUAGCACUCGCUCUUCUGCUCAAAGUCCACGCUUUCCCUACUCUUCGAAGCCACCAUCAGGACGUCUUCGUCCUUCCUAAUUGUCGCUAA